AAUUGUUGAAUUUUCCCUCCAUCUCAAAUCGUCUCGCCGACGGCACCGCCGCCGGUGACAAUGGGGGGAAUAAACAGCAUGUCCCAAGCAAUGCAACUCCAUGCCAGAUUAGUCAAGCUGGGCGAAGACGACGGCUCCUCCCAUUCCCCUGAUUUCAGCAACCUCUUCACUUUCACUGCUCUCUCAGCCGCCGGCGACUUGAACUACGCCGCCCGUAUCUUCAGGACUAUCCGCACCACCUCCAACUCCUACUACUGCAACACCAUGAUUCGGGCCUACGCCGAUUCCCCCGACCCGACCCGCGCACUCACCCUCUUUCUCACCUCGUCCGCAGCCCGACCCGACCAUUUCACCUACCCGUUUCUCCUCAAAGCUUGCUCCAAGACCCGUCAUACCCGGUUCGGGAAGCAAGUCCACGGGUUGGCUUUGAAGUCCGGUUUAUGGUCCAAUGUGUACGUUAACAAUGCUCUGAUCCAUUUUUACUCUGUCUCCGGCGAGCCAUGCCGCGCCUUCAAGGUGUUCGACAAAAUGCCUGAACGGGAUGUGGUUUCCUGGACGUCCAUUAUUGAUGGGUUUGUCGAUAACGGUAGACCCUUGGAAGCCAUCGCGUUGUUUACUCAGAUGAUGGGAAACAGAUUCGACCCGAAUGAAGCAACAGUCGUCUCUGUGCUCAGAGCCUGCGCUGAUGCCGGAGCUUUGACCACCGGGCACAAGGUGCAUUCUUUUGUGAAGAAAAACAGUUUCAGCUCUGAGGCCAAUGUGAUUACUGCUCUCAUUGACAUGUAUGCAAAAUGCGGGUACAUAGAUGGUGCAUUGCGAGCUUUUUAUGAAACCUUAGACAAAGAUGUCCAUAUAUGGACAUCGAUAAUAGCCGCGCUAGCCAGCCAUGGCCUAUGCACGAAGGCCAUUGAGUUCUUCGCAAACAUGACGAAAACUGACAUAAGAAUCGAUGAAAGAACAGUAACCGCGGUUCUAUCUGCGUACAGAAAUGCCGGUUUGGUUAGCGAAGGCUUUUUGUUUUUCACAAGUUUGGACAAAAAAUAUAAACUGAAACCAACAAUCCAGCAUUAUGGAUGCAUUGUAGACAUGCUCGUGCGUUCUGGGCUUCUAAAUGAUGCCGAGGAGAUCAUAAGAACAAUGCCCAUUGAGCCAGAUGCUGUGAUGUGGAGGACACUGAUAUGGGGAUGUAAAAUCCAUGGAGAUGAAGAGAGGAGUGAACGUAUAGUUCAAGAACUUCUAAAAAUGGAGAUAUCAGAAGCAGGAAGCUAUGUUCUUCUUGGAAACGUCUACGCAGAAACAGGAAAAUGGAAGGAGAAGGCAAAAACCAGAGAACUAAUGGCCCAAAGAAAGCUAACCAAGCCACCUGCUUGGAGUAGGAUUGAAAUCGAAGGACAGGUUCAUGAAUUUACUGCAGGAGAUUCCAGGCAUGAAGAAGCGGAGACGAUUUACAGAAAGUUGAAUGAGAUGGAGGAGAGAUUGAGAAGGGAAGGGUAUGAACCCAAAGUUUCAGAAGUCUUACUUGAAAUUGAUGACGGCGAGAAAGCUUCUCAGUUGCUCCAUCACAGCGAAAAGCUUGCAGUUGCAUUUGGGCUUGUGAAAGCAAGGAAAGGAAGUGUGAUUAGGAUUGUGAAGAAUUUGAGGUCCUGUGAUGACUGCCAUUCUUUCUUGAAACUGGCCUCUAAGGUCUUCCAGAGGGACAUUGUGGUAAGAGACAGAGUCCGUUUUCAUCACUUUAAGGAUGGAAAAUGUUCUUGUGGUGAUCGUUGGUGAUGCACGCCAUUGUUAUGAGGUACAUACUUUGAUUGAAUUAAGCACUUUCGGUAGCUAAUGUGUUGUUUCAGGGGAAAUGUUAAUAUCAGAUAGACCUUGUAAAAUCAUGUACCCACAAACUAUAACCAAAAAAGAGUUCAAUUUGUUAUAUAUAUAAGUGAAAUUUGCACUAAAUAGGACUAAAACAUAAUGACUUUCUUAAUGUAGGACUUAAACUUUUUUAUUCCUUAAAUAGGACUUAAUAAUGAUCUCGUGGGAGGAAUAAUGUCCAGUAAUGUUAGACAUUUACUUGAAUAAUGACUACUUGUUAUU